AAGAUUUGACUGUGUUCCAGUCAUAUAAAUACCCGGUGUUUCAAAACAUUCCUUACAGAAUACAUCUGGUGUGCUGUCUAAAAACAAACAUGAAGUUUGUUGGAGUAAUCCUCGCUCUAGCAAUUUUUUCAGGCUGCCAUGGGCGCUUCUUGCUUCAAGAUGAACCGAACAAAGGCUGGCAGGAGCAAGUGGACUGGUUCACCAGCCGGUUGUCUGAAGUGGCUGCUAAUGCUCAAGAGAUGAGGGACAGCGUCCAGAACACCCAGCUCAGCAGAGAAUUAGACACUCUGAUCUCUGACAUCAUGAGAGAACUGCAAAUGUACAAUGAAGAUCUGCAGUCCAAAGUGGGUCCCUAUGCACAGGAGGCUGCCCAAAAAUUAAAAGAAGAUCUGGAUCUGCUUGCAAAUAAGCUUCGUACGCACCUGGUGGAAGGUAAGGAUCGUGCCACCGAAUACACCCAGGAGCUUCAGACCAUGAUGGAGCAGAACGCUGAUGAAGUCAAGAACAGGUUCACUGCCUAUAUCAAGAAAAUAAAGAAACGCUUGAGCAAAGACACCCAAGAAAUAAACAAGAAAUUUGCAACAUUCUUUGAGGAACUUGGCUCUCGCAUUGCUCAGAGUUGGGAGGACAUAAAGGAUCGCCUUGAGCCUUACUUCACUGAAAUUCUUCAGAAUGCAGAAGACAAGCUGACGACUCUGGGAGAAAUGCUGAAGAACCAGGGUGAAGAAAUUAAAGACCAGAUAGAAUCAAAAAUGCAGGAUCUCAAAGAUCAAGCCGAGAAGGCCAAAGAAAACGUCCAGGAUGCUAUUCAAAAGAGAGUAGAAGAGCUUCAGAAAUGGUUUCAGUCAUCCUAAAGCAGAUGCUUACUAUAUUUAAAUCCAUAAAAAUAAGGUAUCAUGGGUUUUGGAAUGACUUUCCCGGUUAGCUUUGCUAACACAAAUUCAAGUGUUAUAAAAGUCAACGGAUGAAAAAAUGUAAAAGUGAAUGGAAUAUUUCAUUUAUAGGUCUACUCAUCUACAGAUAAAGACUAUGUAAGAUAAGCCCAAUAAAACAGUAGGGGACAAUG